UUUAUUUGAAAUGCCACAUUCUCCUGGUAUUCAAAUAGUUUGAUGCGUUUUAGUUGCGCAACGCCGAUCGUUGUGUACUGACGUCACCAGGCUAGUCAGGAAGUCCGACAAGUCAGCUGACAGAGCGAGAGUCGCUAGCUUCUCACGUCGGUCAAAGAUGGCCUACCCAAAGUCCCACAACCCGUUUGCAGACGAUGACGACGAAGAGGACUUCCGGUCUACAAACAAUGGCUUCGAUGGAGAUCCUGAAGAUAGCGGGAUGAGCGAUGCAGAGAGGCGACAACGGUACCUCCAACAGGAAGUGAUGCGUACAGCUCAGUCUGCUGUCGACAGCAGCUACCGCUCCAUUGGUCUCAUUCGGGAAUCUGAGAAGAUGGGUGUGGAAACAGCAGAGGAACUCAUGCGUCAGGGGGAAGUUCUGAAAAGAACCGACAAAAUGUUGGAUAACAUGGAGGAGGACCUAAAAACCAGCCAAAAGCACAUCAACAGCAUCAAGAGUGUUUGGGGAGGACUGGUCAGUUACUUCAAAGGCAAACCUGAGACAAAACAACCACCACCACCAGAGCAGCCCAAGGCCUAUGAGGCCAAUGACAGAUUACAGAGCGCCUUAGCUACCAGUAGAGACCAGGAAGACAAAUACCAAGCAAGUCAUCCCAACCUCAGAAAGUUGGAGACAGGAGGGUUUGGAGCCAUGGCAUCAGUUGAUGGCGGCUUAUCCAGACAGAAUGGACAUCCUCAAAACAGACACCUUCGGGAAGCACACCAGACCCUGGACAGAAACUUAGAUGAAAUGUCCGAUGGUCUGAGUAGGCUGAGGAAUCUAGGAUUGGGUCUCCAGUCUGAGAUUGACAGCCAGGAAGACUCCAUUGAUUCUCUGCUGAACAAAACGGACAAGAUGGGCAUGAAGAUCGACAACACAAACCAGCAAAUUAAGAAGCUCAAAUAGAACAAACUCUUUGGACCUGGGCGCCCUCAUGGAGAUCCUAAUGGGUCAUCAUCUCACUAAGCUUCCAUCCAAGCCCAUUCAUGAAUAAACUCAACUGUGUGUUUUUUUAUUUUUAUUUUUAUCUAGUAUGCCCCUUUUAAAUGUGUUGCAUCUGGAACAUGUGUAUUUGACUUGUGUAGUAUACAUGGAAGACUCCAUAUUUGGAUUCAAUAUGAUGCAUUGUUCCAGUCUAUAUGUACAAAAUAACAUUGCCUUACUGUUUUUUAACAUAGUGUUUUAUAAAGCAUUCAAGCAUCUCUAUUGAGCUGCUAUGCCUGAGUUCUGCUCCCUUUUGAGUCUUUUAUUGCUUUGAUAAAUUUGAAUGUCAAUUAUUUGAGUGUGAAUGAUGACAUAUAGGAUGUGAUCUAGUUCUAAAAUAAACAGUGUAAGACUUC